UUUUAAGGGAAAUUAUUUUCCCCUUAUAUAUAAAGAAGAAGAUUCAUACACGCUGAAACACGCUGAAACACCUGUGUCUACAUAAUUCUAUACUAACCAUCAACCUUUCUUUCUUCUCAAAAAAUCUGAAAAAGCUAUCAUGGAGCAAAAUAAGGAGAAAAAUACCCCUUGGCUAUCAGUACCACAGUUUGGAGAAUGGGAUCAGAAGGGUCCAUUGCCAGAUUACUCCAUGGAUUUUUCUAAAAUCCGAGAAAUGCGUAAACAGAACAAGACCAAUGCGUCGAGAGCGAGUCUUGGGAAUGAGGAGGAGUUUGCGACUUCUGCUCAGAAAGAUGUAAAAACAGAUGACAGUGAGAUUCAGCAUCCUCACUAUCACAAAACUAACUCUUCAGCUACAAGGAGGAGCUUCUUGAGCUACUUCAACUGUUGCAUAAAAGCCUGAGAUUAAGGGUUCCACAUUUAUUUAGUCUUCUAAAUAUUGUUUAUUAUUAGAAUUAUGCUUUUUUCUUUUCUUUCUUGGUCAUAUUAUUUUUGCCUAGUUUUUUUUAGAAAAACUAUUACAGCCUUUCUUGUGUCUUCUAAAGAUGAUUGAUCAUAACAAUUACUAUAUGCUUUUGCGUUUGA